AUGAAAACAAUUCUAUACAAAGACAUUGGAAGCGCGAAUUGGAGAGAGUUAGGGACAUUCUAUGACGACUUUGAACCAAAGCUUUUCCAAUAUAAAGCUGGAAUAAUGAUGGAUAGAGAUAAAGACAGAGGAGAUAAAAAGAAAAGAACCGCAAUGGAGAUGACUAAAGACUUCAUAGACUUUCUCAUCAUGGAUCAAACUUUGGGAUUUAGAGGAAACGGUUGCUCUAUUGCUAUCCUAAAUGCUUAUGCUACUAGGUCCUCAUAUGAAAAGAAAUUGGAUAAUCUCAAAAGAAGUGUAAAGAAAGAGCAUGCUUCUAAAGCCGUGGAUAAGAUGAGAGACUCAAUCGACUCCCUUGUGGGUCAUAUAAAUGAAGAAAAUGCCAAAAUUAAGAAAUACAAGGAAGAUUAUGUAAAAGAGAAAAAGGAACAAGAAGAAGCCAGGAAGAAGAAGGCAGAAGAAAAAAGAAAGAAAAAGGAACGAGAUGAUGCUGCAGAGAUUGAGAGAAGAAAAGCAGGUAUUGAACAGUUCAAUACUUCGGUCACUGCGGACCGAAGCAGGGAUAUGAAGCGGGCCAAGGAGAGUGCCAUGUACCAUCUCAGAGAUGAAAGCCCAACGAGGCAAAAGCCAAAAAAAUGA